CUGGAGAUGCCACUUUCUCACUUGGUUUAAUGAUCAAUUAAUUCUGCUCAGAAAGCCCUUCGUGACCUUGCUUCUCCUCAGUCCCUGAGCUCAGAGUGGUAUUUGCUGCAGGAUGGCAGCUGACAACGCCACCGGAGACCUCCAUGCUCCAGGGACCCUACUGAGUGUCACGGACAUCAUUGUGAUUGCUGUUUAUUUUGCCUUGAAUUUGGCCGUGGGCAUAUGGUCUGCAUGUCGAGCCGGCAGGAACACAGUGAGUGGCUACUUCCUGGCAGGCCGGGACAUGACUUGGUGGCCGAUCGGAGCCUCGCUCUUUGCAAGCAGUGAGGGCUCUGGCCUCUUCAUUGGACUGGCAGGCUCAGGUGCUGCUGGUGGCCUGGCUGUGGCUGGUUUCGAAUGGAAUGCCACCUAUGUGCUUUUGGCGCUUGCAUGGGUGUUUGUACCUAUCUACAUAUCUUCAGAGAUUGUCACCUUGCCUGAGUACAUCCAGAAGCGCUUCGGUGGCCAACGCAUACGCAUGUACCUAUCUGUCCUGUCCCUGCUGCUGUCCGUCUUCACCAAGAUAUCGAUUGACCUGUAUGCAGGAGCCCUGUUUGUUCACAUCUGCCUGGGCUGGAAUUUCUACCUGUCCACCAUCCUCACCCUCGCCAUCACGGCUGUGUACACCAUCGCAGGGGGCCUGGCCACUGUGAUAUACACAGAUGCCCUGCAGACGGUCAUCAUGGUGGUGGGCGCUGUCAUUCUGGCAGUCAAAGCUUUCAACCAGAUCGGUGGUUACGAGCAGCUGGAGGCAGCCUAUGCCCAGGCCGUCCCCUCCAGGACCAUCCCCAACACCACCUGCCACCUGCCACGAGCUGACGCCAUGCACAUGUUCCGGGACCCUUCCACAGGAGACCUCCCGUGGACUGGGAUGACCUUUGGUCUGACCAUCAUGGCCACCUGGUACUGGUGCACUGACCAGGUCAUCGUGCAGCGGUCCCUGUCUGCCCGGAACCUGAACCAUGCCAAGGCGGGCUCCAUCCUAGCCAGUUACCUGAAGAUGCUGCCCAUGGGCCUGAUGAUCAUGCCAGGCAUGAUCAGCCGAGCACUGUUCCCAGAUGAUGUGGGCUGUGUGGUACCAUCUGAGUGUCUGCGGGCCUGUGGGGCUGAGAUUGGCUGCUCCAACAUUGCCUACCCAAAGCUGGUCAUGGAGCUGAUGCCCAUAGUCUGGCAGGGUCACAGUGGGGGCCCUGCUCUGCCCGCAGGUCUCCGAGGGCUGAUGAUAGCCGUGAUGAUGGCUGCACUCAUGUCAUCGCUGACCUCCAUCUUUAACAGCAGCAGCACACUCUUCACCAUGGACAUCUGGAGGCGAUUGCGGCCCGGUGCAGGAGAGCGGGAGCUGCUGCUGGUGGGCCGGCUGGUCAUCGUGGUGCUCAUAGGCGUGAGCGUGGCCUGGAUCCCAGUCCUGCAGGGCUCCAACAGUGGACAGCUCUUCAUCUACAUGCAGUCAGUGACCAGCUCGUUGGCGCCCCCUGUCACCGCCAUCUUCGUCCUGGGCAUCUUCUGGAGGAGGGCCAAUGAGCAGGGGGCCUUUUGGGGCCUAAUGGCCGGGCUGCUGGUGGGUGCCCUGAGGCUGAUCCUGGAAUUCCUGUACCCGGAACCCCCCUGCGGCCAGGCAGACUCAGGGCCAGCCCUCCUACGCAGUGUGCACUACUUGCAUUUUGCCAUCGCCCUUUUCCUCCUCACCUGUGCUGUCAUGGCCGCUGGAAGCCUACUGAGCCCGCCCCCUCCCCAAAGCCAGGUAGAAAAUCUAACCUGGUGGACUCUGGUUCUGGAUCCAUCCUUAGGAACCAAAGCAGGCGAUGACCUGACACCCCAGAAACGCGCGUUCUGGACCCGCGUGUGCAAUUUCAACGCCAUCUUCCUUAUGUGUGUCAACAUCUUCUUCUAUGCCUACUUUGCCUGAUGCUGCCACCCCAGUGGGAAUGUGGGCACUUCAGUCCUCAGGGCUACCCUCCUUCCUAGGCUGGACAUGGAGGCCCAAGGAAACAGAAUGUGUCUACAGCUCUGCAGUAGGUCAGUACCAAGUGUCUGGCUGAGCCAGCAGAACUGGAGCUCUGAAAAUAUAGCAGAGAGACCUUUUAAAAACAACACUAAAGAAGUCAGAUAUGGGGGCUGGAGAGAUGGCUCAGCAGUUAAGAGCAUUGCCUGCUCUUCCAAAGGUCCUGAGUUCAAUUC